AUGGCACAUUGUACGAAGCAGCUUGUUGGCAGUCUCACGUACUUGACUGCUACCAAACCCGAUCUAAUGUACGUGGUGUGCCUCAUUAGCAGAUUCAUGGCACAACCGAGAGAAGCACACUUGUCUGCAGCUAAGAGAGUGCUACGUUAUCUCAAGAGUACAACUGAGUUGGGAGUGUUUUAUAGAAGGGGAGUUGGUGAUGAGUUAGUGGCGUACAUUGAUAGUGACUACGCCGGUGAUAUUGAUGGCAGACGAAGUACAUCUGGCUUUGUGUUCAUGUUAAGUUGUGGUGCUGUGUCAUGGUCUUCACGAAAGCAAUCUAUGCUUAAGUUUUGUGGCAGUAAUGAGCAAAUUGCAGACAUACUAACCAAACCCUUGAAGCUGGAGACAUUUGAGAAGCUUCAUGGAUUGCUUGGAGUCAAGGCUAAAGGUGAAGAAAACUGA